AGCAAAAUAUGCCGUUGGAAAGCGGAAAAUUGAUCAAUGACUUGCGUGUUAGUGAAUUGAAGACAGAGCUCGAGAAGCGUGGUUUGAGUACUCAAGGAGUCAAGGUUGUGCUCACUGUUCGUUUGAAUAAGGCUCUCCGAGAUGAGGGACUCGAUCCAGCAGAUCACGUAUUCGAGCAUGCAGUGAGCCCGAUGAAAAAGAGCACACGCCGGAGCAACGAAAUGGCACGAGCAGCGGCUGCAGCAGCAGCAGAAAAAGUGGAAAAGGGUGCAGGAGACGAAGGAAAUGAUGAGAAUGUUUUAGUCGAGGAGAAGGAAGAAGAAGAGGAGGAGGAGGAUUCACACGAUUUGCAAAUUAUUGAGGAUCAUGAGUUGGAGGUGCCAAGUGAUGAGAAAGAUGAUACAUUGGUGGAGGAUGAAGAGUUUGAGGAAGCUGAGCAAGUUGAGCCGGAGCCUGAGGCCGUGGAGCCAGUUGUCGAGGAGAAGCCCGAGGAGAAGCUUGAGGAGAAGCCCGAGGAGAAGCUUGAGGAAAAGCCCGAGGAAAAGCCUGUUGAGCCAGAAGUCGUUACAGUUGAGGAGCCGGUGGCAGAGGUUAUUGAGGUGGAAAAGGCAGUCGCGGAGCCUGUUGAGCUGAAAGAGAAGCCGGAAAAGGAGCCGGAGGUUGUUCUUGUCGAGGAGCCCGUGGAGCAGCUGGAAAAUGAGCCCGAAGUGGUGCCAAUGGAAGUUGAAGAAGCAAAGAAAUCGGAUGAGCAAGACGGUGAGGACGAGUUUGAGGAGGAUGAUUCAUCGUCGGAUAUUGAGAUUAUUGAGCCAACUCUACAAGAAUCGGAGCCGCUAGCGGAGGAGAAAGUGGAAAAAAAGGAGAAGAAGCCAGAAGAAAUUCCACACAAUUUGGAGCAAAAUGAGCCAAUUUCUAUGGAAACUGAGGAGAAAGUUGAGGAAGAAGUGAUCAUUCUCAACUCAUCGAUCAAUAAUGUCAGUCAGGAUGAUGAGAUUGUUUUGGACUAUGAAGAGGAUUUGCUCGAGGAUCCACUGGAUGAGCCCAUUGAGCAAAAGGAGCCAAAAGCCGCUGAGCCAACACCGAAACAAUUGCAAAAAGUGGAGGCAUCAACUCCACAGGCAACACCAUCAAAAGCAGCUUCUUCAUCUGCCGGCAGUGGAAAAUCGAUGCUCUUUGGAGAUGACGUCAAGAAGACGUCGAUAUGGAUUCGUGGAAUGACUCCGGCGACGAAGGCUUCAAGUGUCAAGCAACUCGCGAGCCAAUACGGAAAAGUGAUCCAAUCGAAGAUUUUCAAUUCAAAGGCUGCCGACGCGAAUGGAGACGUCAAAAAUUGCUUUGCACUCAUCCAAUUUGCUGACGUCACUGCGAUGGAGCUGGCGAUGACGUCACUUCAUCAGAAAAACUAUCAAGGACGUGUGCUUCGAGUUGAGAAGGUCUCCGAGUCUCAUCUUACUUCAUCGGCUGAGAAACUGGCUCGGGAGAAGCAUGUUGCUGAGGCGGCGAGCACAAUGAGCACUUCCCCGGCACCGACGCCAACCCCGGAGCCUGUUGUCACUACUACGACCACAACGUCAGCUGCUCCAAAACGAAAAGAACCAAUUCAUGCUCCAGAAUCGUCGUCGUCUGAAGGACAACGAGCCAAACGUCGUGCGAUAGAGGCGCCGGUUCGAAGCAGAAGUAGAAGCCGUGGCGGCGGCGGUGAGCCGAGAAGCAGCCGAAAGCCGAUAACUUUUGAUCGGGAAGAGGAGUCGAAUCGAGAUUCUCGUCGAACAAUUGCGGCGGCACCACCGGCGAGAACGUCGAGAAUGGCGAGAUCUCCGUUGAGAGCUCCGUUGAGAGCCGCGAGGGGAUCUGAGAGCUCGAGAAGUUCGACCAGAGGUGGUGGUGGUGGUGGAGAAUCGUUGACCAUCUCGUCCAGAGUUGAUACUAGCGGCUGCCGUGGUGGAGCAAUCAAGCGAUCCGUUGAACGUUCGGUUCCCAACAACAUUAGCACUUCGGAGCUCCGUCGUAAGCAUCAUCAAAUCCAUGUGACUGUUCAACAAGAUGCUCCACGAGCAUCGUAUCAAACGGAGCAAUACGCCAGAGAGCGUUCCUCUUCUACUACUACUUCUUCGAGAAGACGUCAAGUAUCACCGGAUCGUUCGGAACAGCGUCGUCAUCGAGAUGAGCCGCCGCCGCGUCGAGCUCCACAGGAGCAACCAUCUCGACGUCGUGGAGCUUCUCCUCCGGAGCCACCUCGUCGUCAGGAAGGAGCAAGAAGAUCGGAAGAGCCGGAGAGAAGACGUCUAUUUGAUGAGCGUGAACAAUUGGCUCACAUAAUGGCAGCAAAGGACAUGUAUGCGGAACAGCAGAAGAUCAGAGCCGAAAAAGCACUUAUAGCUUUUCAAAUGCAACAAUUGGAAAAGAAGAAGCUUGAAGCGGAGCUCCAAAUAGCUCAAAAAGCUCUGCUCAUGCAACAGGCUGCACUUGGCGGUGGCGGAGCACUAGUCGUCGACGGUGGAGCUCUUGUCGCUGGCGGUGGAGCCGUAGGAUAUCAUCACCAGGAGCAUCGUUCGAGUUAUGGUGGUGGUGGAAGCAGCAGCAAUGGCGGCAGCAGCAACAGACGUCGCCAAACUCGGAGAUCACCAUCACCACCGCAACAGCAUCACAGUAGUUCGAGAAGACAGCGAAGAGAUAGCGGCGGAGCAGGCCGUUAUCGCCAGUCUACUUCCUCGUCGAACUCUAAUCGCAAUAGCAACAGCGGCGGUCGUAACCUUGUAGUCACUGCCACCACCACCAACAACACCAACGCCACCAAUGCUGGAAGAUCUUAUGGGAUUCAAUCGGUGCCAGACGCUAGCUCGUACUCUACCAACAACUAUCAACAACGAUCGUCGGCCGCUUCUGCCUAUGAUCUACAGAUUACUGCAACUAUGCCACAAGCUGGAGCCGCCAAUUCUGGAGCAGCAUAUCAUCAGCCGUAUGGAAAUGUUUAUCAGCAUAAUACUGCCGCCUAUCCAGUGUGGGGAGGACUUGAUGCUCAAGGACACAUGGCAAUGGACACUAAUUGGUCUCAAAAUGCUGCAACUCCAUCGACAUCUACAUCUUCUGGUGGUGGUGGUGGACAACAAUGGCAACAGCAAUCUUAUGGAAGUAAUCAACAUCAGCAUCAUCAGAACAAUAACUCGUCUCAACCAUCUUCAUCGAAUCGACGCGGCAAUGAUUAUGGAAAUUAUCGCGGAAAUUAUUGAUUUUUUUAUUCUAUUGAUUUUUUUGUUCUUUUUUUCGUUCCUCUUACCCAACUUCCCCCCCCCCCCC